CAAAUUCAUAUACGUAAUAUAUGGAUCCAUUCAUUAAAGGGAAUGUGAACAGAAAUGUGAACAAAAAUGGGGCUCCCUCAUUCAUCAAAGUCAAGAAUGUGAACAAAAAUGGGGCUCCCUCAUUCUUUAAAUUAGGGCAAACAUAAAUGGAAAACGUUAGUUGUACUUAAAUAUAAAUGCACAAUUACAUCUUACUAAGUCAACUCAUUGGCGCAACACACUCUCCAUCUAAGUCCUCACAUUUCUAGGCUUUCCAAGAUUGAAAACAAGGCAUGAGUACAGUCCAUUAUCGGUCACUGCAGCUGUAAUUAGAGCAGUCAUUUCGAAUCAGCCGCCAUUUUCUUAAGAAUAUUGAGAAAUUGCAUGGAGGUUAUGGAACAGGGGACACAUUUAAAGGAGGAGCAGAGAACAACACAAUCUUGUUUUGUUUACCUAAUAAACAAGAUUAGAAGAUUGUUCUCUUUUCCUGGAUCAGAGGUGCUCUUUAUUGCAGGCUUGCGCAUCAGCUAUGUUGUAGCAAAUUUUAUAUUCAUGGUGCUAAUUACAUUCUUAACCGACGUAUGGCAGCUGAAAUUGUUUCAAGCGGUUGUAAUUACAAAUGUCCAAGAUGGAGCCAAAGGAAUUCUUCUGAUAUUUGUUGCCUCUUUGGCUGAUGCUUACCUGGGAGACUCCUUGACAUUGUUGCUCUCAGCUAUUAUAUACAGCGGAGGCCUGAUGAUGCUGUAUUAUGCAUACCCAUCUAUAACUGACAAAGAGAUAAAGGCAUGCCGCGAAAGAAAUAUAUGUGAGGAAAAACCCAUAGGAAUCUUGUUCUACUUAGCUCUACUACUAGUAACUAUUGGGCAGUGUGGUCACAAAAAUUACAUGAAAUCGUUAAAAUGGGAGGAGAAGUUAGAGAAAUUGGAGAAGCAGAAGCAUGAACAGAAAUUUAAAAGGAAAGAUGGAUUUAAUAGAAGAAUUAUAGACCGCAUUCAUUUAUCUAAUUCAGUUAAAAAAAUUCAGUUUCAGCUGAAGAAAAACUGGUAUGAAAUAACUGGGUUAUUGAUAGCACUAAUUGUCCUCCCUCAUGUCGGAGCAAGCAAGCACACCCAACUUCUCAUACGAAUGUGUAUGUUGGGGAUCAGUUCUUGCAUAUUUAUUGUAGGGAAGUUGUCUUUAUUCCCUUUUGAAGGACCCAGAGGAAGCCCGAUCUUAGAGGUUUUCCAUGUAAUUUUGGUUGCAUUUAAGAAACGGCGUUAUGAUAUUAGUGGGACUCUUAAAUACUUUGGAAAUGAUAUUAGUGGCGAUGAUUACAACAGCAACAAUGCUGACUGUGAGCCACAGGACAAUAAUAUUGGUGCUUAUUGUGACAACGAUCAUAAUCAUAGUCCAGCGGAUGAUGAGACAUAUGGUACUCGUAAAGAUGCUGAAGUUAGUCUUGAUGAUCACAGUAGAAAUUACAAGCCACGGAAGGCUGUCAGUGAUGAAGUUGCUCGUGAUUGUUCCAGUCUUCUUAAAUCUGAAAGCAGGAAAUCUGAGAUAACAGACGAUCUUACUGCUAGAUUUGGGUUCUUUAACAAGGCUGCACUGUAUAACCCCAGUGAAAAUCCUGAAGCCGAAGUAGAGAAUGGUAAACUUUGUACAGUCAAGGAAGUGGAGGAUGCUAAGUGUUUCGUGAGGGCAUCAUUGUUGUCACUCACAUUCUUGACAUAUGGUCUAAUACAAGCAGUUAGCAGCACAUUCUUCGUCGAGCAAGCAAAUAAUAUGGAUAGGCACUUCCGGUCACUUAAUUUGCCAGUACAGAUCUUCAAAGGCUUCUCGACUUUGGGGGAAUAUACAGUGAAACGUUUCUGCCACAGUAAGCGCACAAAGCCACACCAAAGAUUUCACGGUGCAGUACGGAUAGGCCUAGGAAUGCUCGCUUCGUGUUUGUGCUUUAUUGCAGCAUUUUUGGUCGAGGCCAAGAGGCUACAAGCCUUGAAAGAUAGCAAAAGUUUGACAGCAUUUUAUCUUCUUCCGCAGCUAAUUUUGAUGGGGGCCAUGAAUGCUCUGGCUACUAGUGGCAUAGAGGAUUUUUUUGACCAUGAAAUGCCUGAUUCAGUAAGCAUAUCAUACGGGACUAUUGGCCAAUUGUAUAACAGGCAUUGGAAAGCUACUUAGCAUUGCAUUGUUUGCUGGUGUGAGCACCACCACCAAGCGACAUGGUCACCGAGGUUGGUUUGGAGAUCGAAUCAAUGAUAGUCGUCUUGACAAUUUCUAUAUUAUAAUGAUUGGAUUUGGAUUCACUAGUUGGAUAGUUUUUGCCAUGGUUGCGUUUCUAGAGUGCCGUCAUAAGCCAGCUCUUCCUCGUUGAUAUCAUGGCAUGUUAGAGUAGUAUUCAAUAUAUAGUUGGUGUAUUUUUAAUAUAUAGAUGGUGUGUUUUAUACGGUUUGGAAAAUUAUUUUAGAAAAAAUUACGGCGGUGUUGAGUGUUAUAGAGUAAUUGUCUUUAACAAGUUUAAAGUAAAGCGAAUGUUUAUACUUUGCUAAAAUCAGGGAGCUAACUCUAAUUGAAAAAGACAAGAUAUAUAUAAAGUUUUUUUUUUUUUUUUUUUUUUUUUCUUACUCCGUAGGCCUAAUAAUUUCAAAACCGCAAACAAUCCCACAUGGAAAAAUUAUGAAUGUAAACUGUUGUCAUGUAAUUAUAAAUAAGGCCUUAUUUCCUUUACUUUUUAUUUUUACCCACACCCAAUAUUAUUAUUUUGUUUUUAAAAAGCUCAACAUCCUAUAUUCAGUUUAUAGAGUAUGCCAUUUUCCUAAGAUGUACUAUGGUUUUGAAAAUGAAAGCAACCAAAGAGACAGAAUUAGUGAUCUACCAGACUGUCUUCUACAUCGAAUUCUCUCGAAUUUGGACACCAAACUCGUAGUUCAAAUCUCCAUACUAUCUACCAGAUGGAAAUAUAUAUGGACCCAAGUUCCUUUUUGAUGCUAAGCGACUUUCGGGUGACCUGUGUUUUGUCCAACAAGUCUUAAAUCAACGUGAACCUACUAAAUUAAUCAAGUUCGAGCUUAGUUUCCCCUAUGCACUAAUCGAACCUCGCGUUAUGGAGUCUAUAUUGUCAUACGUUAUGAGUGUAAAAGCACAAGAAGUUGCAUUAGUUUUUUCUAAAACUUCCAGCACUAUCCGUAUGAAAUUGCCAAAGUGCUUUUAUGAUAACCACUCACUUGAGAAACUCCAACUAAAUAUUCCUUGGCUGACUUUGUCCAACACUACGGGUUUUCGUGCACUCAAAGAACUGAGGCUUCUUAGUCUGGAUGAAGGUGGUUUGGGUAAUCGGAUUUAUCCUGUCAAACGAACAGUUUUUUGUCCUGAUUUUUUUUCAAAUUGUCCUGUUUUAGAACUUCUGAGCUUUUCGGACUGCUAUUUACAUGACUCAAUGUUGACAAUUUCGUCUCCCCUGCUUAAGAAUUUGGAAAUACAGAGCUCGGUCUUUGAUCGAGUUGUUGUUUCAUCACCCCUGCUUGUCUAUUUCAAAUAUGAAGGAAAAGUUCCCAUCAAUUUGUAUAUGGCUGGAAAUUGUCAUACAUUGGAAAAAGUUGAUAUUGAUGUCAAAAAUGAUAACGGCCAUAGGAAGCUUCUCGUGAAAAUGCUUAGGAAGCUGGAGAAUGCAAGAUUUGUUUCUGUGUCCAUAGACACUCUCAGGGUGCUCUCGGAAGAAUGUGGAAAAUUAGAAAAUGAGUUACCACCCUCUCCUAAUCUAAAGAACUUAUAUGUGAAGACUGAUUGGACAUUGCCUGAAAAAGGAUUGAGUUGUCUAUUGUCCAACUCUGCAUCAAACGUCGAAACUCUUAUACAAGUGCCCAAGUCAUUGAGGCCAAGAUUGGAAACCUUCAAGAUAAUUUGAUUAAUUGGCUGCUGCUUGGAGAAUUCAGAAUUGUAUGCUCUUGUUGCUGGGUUGGGAGAAAUCUUGUACGUUGGUGGUUGAGGAUGACUAGCUUUCAUUCAUUUAAACGACCAACUUCUUUUGGACUAAUGUUCUUAUUUUCAUCUAAAUCCACAAUUCUAGUUUUUUUUUUUAGGGGUGAGUUAAAGCAAAUAAUGUUCAAUUUUUCAAUGUUUAUUAUGCACUUGAUUAUGCAAGUUUGUAUAAAUACUCCUUAUUUUCUAGCUACAUAUAUCUUCAACAUAGUCUAUCAGUUGGCACUACGCGACUACCUAUAUAUACAUGAAUCGAUACAACGUUAGACUAUAUUCAACUUUCUUAGCAAAUUUAUAUCCUCUUUUUUAUUUCCUUCUCCAUAUUAGUGUUGGUAUGUCUAAAAGAGGUUAUUCAUUCGUGUAUAGCAUUAAUUAAAAACCUGUCAUUUUUCAUGAUAACCACAAUGGUGCAAAAGAGUAGACACGUUGAAUCGCUAUAAACAAACUCGCUCGAUCAAAGCUUAGUCUAAGCAUUGAUGUUAACUAACUAAAUAAGCUGAAAUAAACAUAAAUCUUAAAAUCAUUUUGGAAACUAUCCAAACUCAAAUAACCUAAUGGCUAAUGUUCAACUUAUUAUUAUCGUUUGCCGUCAAAAAAAA